AUGUCUGAUCGUGCAAACACUCCCCCUUCACAAAAAGGACAGCACACGAUGCUUCAAGCGGUUGAAAAUGGUCUCGCUGGUGAGGCUACCGAGUACGGUCAAUCGCCAAUGCUUAGUCGAACAGCCAGUCAGGAGCUCACUCUCAAUGACACCCACAAUUCAGCGGAGAAGAUAGAUGGUAAAGAUGUUGAGAAAGCUGGGGAACCAGAAGAUACCGGUCUGCUGACGGGAGCAAGGCUGUAUCUCGUCUUCUUGUCCCUCAUGUUAUCUGUCUUUGUGAGUCGAAAUCAUCAUGCGAGGAAUCAAUCCAUCGUGUCCACCGCAAUCCCUCAAAUUGUGUCCGAAUUCCAAGCUUUUGACCAAGUCUCGUGGAUCAUCACUGGUUAUUUCCUCACCCAGUGCGGUCUUAUCCUCCUUGUCGGACAGCUUCUCACCGUACUUAAAGCCAAAUGGAUGCUCCUCGGCGCCGUCUUCUUCUUCGAGCUCGGCUCCUUGAUCUGCGCUGUAGCGAAAGAUAUGACUACCUUGAUCGGUGGACGAGCGGUCCAAGGUAUCGGCGCUUCCGGGAUGUUCGUCUCCAUUCUCGCCGUCAUCGCUGUCGUCACCCGAGUCGAUCAACGAGCAGCGUUCAUGGCUUCCUUUGGUAUUGUGUUUGUCAUCUCAUCAGUAGUCGGUCCUUUGCUAGGAGGAGUCUUCACCGAGCGAGUUAGUUGGAGAUGGUGCUUCUGGAUCAACCUUCCCUUUGGUGGUGUGGCCGCUGCCGCCGUAGUGUUCCUCCUCCCCGCUCGUGACCCAGCAGUCAAUGUAAAUACCCCUCACGAUCGAACUCUCCUCGGUAAACUCAAGCGAAUGGAUUGGGUUGGUACUGCUUUGAUCUUUCUCACCAUCACUUGCUUGCUUUUGGCUCUUGCCUGGGGUGGCAACCAAUAUCCAUGGAAAAGUGCCAUGUUCUUUUUCAUGUUGGCGAUGUUGGGAGGUACUUACCAAUUACCUCUGUUCUAUCAAGCUGGUCGAGGACACUCCCCCGAGAAGUCUGGUAUCGACAUUAUCGCUUUCAUGCUGUCCAUCUGUGUCGCCAUUUUCAUCUCAGGCGGUGUCACCACCAAGACUGGUCGUUACUACUAUUUCCUUCUCAUAGGGUGA